GAUUUAGAAAAAUAAUUCGAAGCAAGAAAUCAAUUUGUUGAGCUGCGCGAAAAAAUACAAUAGCAGUAACAAUAGUUCAAGUAGUAGGCGCAGGCCCUUGACGUGUGGGCGUUUGAGGGGAAAAAAGGGGCUAUGGACCUCUAGCUGUAAGCUCUUAACAUUUUGAGCUUGCAGGAAAAGUUCAAAGUGCAAGCAUUUUGUUGUUGAUUGUGUGUUUACAGCAUUUACGUCGAUUCUCGAGCCCGUUGAUAGUUUUUUUCUGGCAAGGAAGCACCAAAGAGUUUCCUCACCAAUUACAAUCAUAAACCUGGAGUAGCGCCAGCAGAGCUGCCUACUCAGAGAACUUGUAAAACCGACAACAACAGCAGCAGCAACAUGUCCAGCAGCAAAGAGGAGAUUGCUGCGCCAAGUGCCGCUGCUGCCGCCGCCGCCGCCGCUGCCACUGCCUCUUACGCCAAUGUAUUGCAGAAUUUGGAUAGUAAGAAGGCAACGAAUGUUGCAGCAGCUGCCGCCGCCGCUGCCACCGUUGACAACAAGGAGAAUCAACCGAAUUUGAAAACCCUUAAAUCGUGGAGCGAGGAGACUGCCGCCGCUGAGGCAUCCGUCGAGGAGCUGCCCAGCAUUGGUGAAAAACGUGGCGCUGCCGCUGCUGUCGGUGGUGGUGACAACACCGCCGAGAACUCUUCAGAAAUGGAUGACAAUAAUGACUUUUUGCCCGUGCUAUCAUCGCAUCAUCGCCGUGACCGUAAGAAAGCACGCAAAGACAAGCCCGCAUCGCGUGAAUAUCGUGACAAGCAGCAGCCGCCAGGUGGUGGCAAUGGCAGUGGCCCGAGUCCGGGCCAGGGUCAGAAGCAAGCAGCAGCCGGCGGUCGUCGCCAGAUUGCUGGCAACGAUGCAGAUGCGCGCAAACAAUCGAAUCGCUCACGUGCCCCCCGCGGCAACAGUCCACGCAAAUCGGUUGGCGGCGCCACCACCGGCAACGGCGGCAAUAAAGCUCACAAGGAACGCAAGUCUGAUACCUCACCCAGUGCCAGUGUAGAAGCUGCCAGCAGCAGCAGCGGCAACGAGGCCAAGUCUGGCGAUGGAGACGCCCAGACCGCCUCAGCCAGCACAUCGACUGCAGCAGCACCACAGCCCAAGCGCUUCAUAGCAGCGCCGCCGCCAAAGGUCAAUGCUUGGAAGAUAUCAACAAAACAAGUGGGCAGCCCUAAAGCGAGCACCUCGCCCUUGGACAAACGCGUGUUGCAGCCAAAGACGCAACAGAGCCAACAACCCAAACAGACUGUGAACAAUAAUAAUAACAAUCAAGGCGCACCGAGCAGCAGCACCAACACCAAAAAGACACAACAACAGCAGCAACAACAGACGACAACAAUAACAACAACACAGCAGACAGCAGCAAAUAAAACAACGACAACAACAACAACUACAAGCACAGUAGCGAUAACAACAAAGACAGCUAUAGCAACAACAAGCGAAGCCGUUGCAACAACUGUUGAUGCCACUAAUGCGGAUGCGCUUGCCACUGCUGUAGUAAAGGACAAAAAAAAGGUCAAUCAAAAGGCCAGUGAUUUUAGCAACGUUGGUGAGUGGCCAACGCUUGUGGGUGGAGUUUCGGGAAGUGGCAAAGCCACAGUUAACGAAGCCAAGCGCAGCUCAUCGAAGAAGAGUCCAGCGGCCAAAUCAGCCGCAUCCACAACAACUGCACAAAACGUCGUCGCUGCCGCUGCAACAGCCGCUAGCGCAACAGCAGCCACCACUACAGCAGCAACACCCGGAGCUGGAGCAGGAACAGAAACAGUUACUAACGAUCCCAACGCCAGCACGAGUCAUGAUGCCAAAGUGCAGCGAGAUGCCGAGCAGUCCGCUGUACUGCCAGCUGCUGGCGCCCUUGCCAGCGCUGCCAUUAACAAGAAAAUACCCAAGCACAAGUGGCGUCCAUUGCCAAUCGAUUUGGCCAAGUCCAGUCGCCCCAAGCCCAUUGGUGGGCGACCACAUCGGCGCUACAACGACGAUGCCGUCGAUCAGCGUCGACCACCGCGCGCCUACACUGAGCGCUCAGGUCGCUCAUCAGUCGCUGCUGCCGAUGGUCAAACCGCAGGCGGAGCAGCCACAACAAAUUCAACGGAGUCUCGCCAGCACGGUGGCCGCUAUGCGUACAAUGCACGCUCAUCUGCUGCGCCCGAGCGCCUGGAUUCCUGGCGUAGCAGCAGCGCCACCUAUGAAGCAGCAACAGCAGCAGCUGGAGCCGGAGGAGCAGCAGGUGCCGGGGCAGCAGGUGCGCGCGGACCACGCCGCUUCCGUACGCCGUAUCGCGGUGGGGGUCGGCAAGGCCGCGGUGGAUUCACAAGACAGGGACCAGGUCGUCCAACUAAUCGCAUACCACGCCAUCUGCUAGCUUCCGGCGAGUACGCCAACUAUUUGCCGGCGGAUGCAGCCGGCGCCGAUUCGCAAUCCUAUGUGCUCAUGGGCACGCAUUACUUUGGCAAUGUGCCUGCAGCCUAUAUCGAAAUGGAUGCCGCCAGCGUCAAGGAGGCCAUCAAGAAGCAAGUCGAGUACUACUUCAGCGCGGACAAUCUUACUGGCGAUUUCUUUUUGCGCCGCAAAAUGGACCCAGAGGGUUAUAUACCGGUGACAUUGAUUGCCUCGUUCCAUCGUGUGCUUGCGCUCACCACGGACGUGACACUGCUCAUUACCGCCAUCAAGGAAUCGGACAAACUGGAGAUCUUCGAUGGCUACAAGGUACGCACAACGGAGACGCCCACAAUUUGGCCCAUCAGCGAUGCGCUGGGCAAAGGCGACCCAAAUCAGAAGCUGCAACCGAAGUCGGGUGAGCAGCAGACUGAAGAACAGGAGGUUGGGUCACCACCGGCGGCCCUACUGAGCGCAGACAUGGCCACCAAGCCGUUGAGCAGCAUACCGCCGCCGCCAAAGCCGCGUAAUGGUCAGACGGUGCCCAAAAUGCUGCAGCGUGGCAGCUUGAAUGAGGGUAUCAGUGCGUUGACGCAGCGCGUCGAGGGCGCUGCUGGCGGGCUGGCAGAUCAUCUGAGUGGACUGGCGGAGAGUGUGAAGCCCAAGGGCAGCUCGACGCCGGACAAGCGACAGCAGCAGGCGGGACAGUCGAGUGGGGCUGAAGGUGUUGAGGUAGCAGCUGCUUUGGGGGCGGAGCCAGAGGGCAUGUGGAAAGAGGUAAAGAGACGCUCCAAACAAACAAAUGCUUUAAAAGAAAAUGCUACUAAAUCAGGCAACAACAAAGACACACAAACGCUCAACAAUAAUAAUAAUAACAACAACAACAACAACAAUGUCAAAAUUGUCAAGUCCAACAGCAACACAGUAUCAUCGUCCAUGUCAGCCUCAGCCAAUGCCUCAGCCUCAGCCACCACGUCCUCGUCCACGUGCACGUCUGCAUCCAACGCCACAUCCAAUGCCACAUCAAAGCCAACACCACCAAACGCCACAACAGUCACCACUACCACCACCAAAACCACCACCACAAAAGUCACUACCAACAAUAUCGCCCCCCCCAGUUCAAGCAAUGUUGACAGUAACAGUAAUAAGAAAUCAUCAGCUGCUUACACAACCAAAUCCCAAUCCUCCUCCAAAACAGCUGCUGCUGCGCCAUCCGCUCAGUGCCAUGCCGAAAAGGAAGAACUAGACUUUCAAUUUGACGAAGAGCUAAUGGACCCCAUACCCGCCACUGGACGCAUUAACAACUUUACCGAAAACUUUUCCGACGACGACGAAUCCGACUACGAGUUUGCCGAUCGUGAUAUUAACAAGCUGCUGAUUGUUGCCCAAGUGGGACGUGCACCCAAGCAUGAGGGCUACGAUCGCACCGCCGACUUUACCUCACGCACCAAAAUCACACAAGACUUGGAGAACAUUAUAAACGAUGGACUGGCCAACUACGAGGAAGAUCUAUGGACCACAAGCAAUGUGCUGCCCAAUAACGAGUAUCGAACAGUUAACGUCAUUUCCCAGGCGGACUUUGAGAUGGCCAUUGGCAGCAAGGGACCACUGGCACAGCAGCUAAUGAAGAAGCCACCACCACCACCGCCCAGCUAUGUGGAUGAACCCGAACAGGAUGCGGAUGAGACUCUGCUGGCUGACAGCACUUUGAAUACUACGCUGAAUUCGACGCUUAAAUCCCGACGUGCUCGCUUCUAUGCUGCGCCAAAUAUGCAUUCGAUUGAUCCGCGUACGCCACGCAAGCGUAAGUUGCGUCAUACCGCCAAUCCUCCAGUGGAGGCUCACGUCGGUUGGCUGCUCGACACCGUGGAGCAUCGUCCACGCACUACCUCGAUGGGCUCCUCGACUGGCACUUCGCCCACCACUUCCUCUUAUGGUUCGUUUGGCUCGUCGGUGCCGCAAUCGCUGCCCGUAUUCCAACAUCCAUCGCAUGCGCUGCUCAAGGAGAACAAUUUUACGCAGCAAGCGUAUCACAAGUAUCACUCGCGUUGCUUGAAGGAGCGACGUCGCUUGGGCUAUGGACAAUCGCAGGAGAUGAAUACGCUCUAUCGCUUCUGGUCGUUCUUCUUGCGCGAGAAUUUCAACAAGACAAUGUAUAAUGAGUUCCGCUCGCUGGCGCUGGAGGAUGCCUUCAAUGGCUUCCGCUAUGGCUUGGAGUGCCUAUUCAGAUUCUUCUCGUAUGGUCUGGAGCGCAAGUUCCGACCCAAUGUCUAUCAAGACUUCCAGGAUGAAACUGUGGCAGACUAUGAAACAGGUCAACUGUAUGGUCUGGAGAAAUUCUGGGCCUUCCUCAAGUACUACAAGAAUGGCGAGAAGCUGGAUGUGCAGCCCAAGCUGGCUGCAUAUUUGAAGGACUUCAAGACUAUAGAAGAUUUCCGUGUGGUGGAGCCAGAGAUCAACGAAAUGUUACAAGGAGUUGGCAGUCUCAAUCCAGGACGUCAGCUCAAUAGACAUCGCAGCGUUUCGGAGAGCGAUGGCGCUGCUGUUAUAACAGCCGGCGGUCGUCGUCUUAACACCACCAUUACCAAUCGCAGCGACUAUGUUGGUCGUCUGCUACAGCAGCAACAUCAACAGCAACAACAGCAGCAGCAGCAACAACAACAACAACAGCAGCAUCAUCAUUAUCAUGGUCAGCAGCAACACAAUCGUCGCCGCACUGGCAGCUUUGGCAGCAGCACUGUGCGCAUACGCAGCGGUUCACUGGGCAACAAGCCGCAGGUGGUCAAUCGCAACUAUCAGCAGGGCUCGCAGCACGAGCUGCGUCGCGGUGGCAGCAACUCUGGCCUGGCAGCGCACAAGCGACAACAGCAGCAGCAGCAGCAUUCACAGCACAAGACAAAGACGCAGCAGCAACAACCUCAGGCACAGGCGUCCACAGCACAAGCUGCAGCACGCGCCUCAACAUCGACUGCGGCAGCAGCAACUGCCACAACAGCAGCAACAGUAGCAUCAGCAGCUGCUUCGUCGUCGUCGUCCUCGUCGCAAAAGUAAAUCGGAAAUUCAGAAUGGGGUUUUUUUUAAGGUUACUCUUCCGACUUUAUGCAUUACGACUUACGUUUUAGUAGUUUUGGCAUCCAGUUUGUGGGGUUCCAAUUUGCUUUUCUCUCUUUUGUUUAUACAUAUACAUAUAUAUUUUUUUAAUUGUAGUAUUCGAGUCAAGCGUAAUGUGUGGGUUAUCCGUUAGCAUUAGUCAAAUUAAGUUAAAGUUUCUUUUUGAAAUUUGUUUAUUGCAAUUUGCUUAGCGCGUUGGUUAAGUAGUACGAUUCAUUCUUUGGUUACACACACACAAACACACACAUACACACACAUAUAUAACUAGAACAAUUUCUUUUUUUGAAAUGCUCAAUGUUUUGUUAGCACCCACCACACACACAAACACAUACACACACACAUGCAUAUAUGUGCUCUGUACCAGUGCCAAGCAGCUAUGAUCUAAAUUUAUUCAAUUAAAUUUGCAAUACAAGUUUUUUUUUUUUUAGUUUUUCUGUUUACGCAAGAAACAAAUUUCCUACUAAAAAGCAGCGUUUGUUAAUUCAACGCAAGGCCAUGAACUGUUGUACUAUACGUUAAAAGUUAAAGAUAAAAGUUAAAUUACACUAUUAUAAUGUUUAUAACUAACGACAAAGUAAACGAAAUUAAUCUACAGAAACCAAAUGAUGAUCUUAUUGCAAAACGAUUUUGCAAACUGUGCAAGCUUCAAAUCAACACUUAUAUAUUUAUAAUAUAUACAUAUAUCGUAAAAACAAUAUAUAUACUAUAUAUUGCUUGUCUGAGCAAUGCGCAAAUAUAAAUAUAUAUUUUUUUGACGUUAUUGUUUAAGAGACAGCGCGCGUUUGUUAUCCUUAAACCAAUCGAGGCAUGCGGGGCAACUGCCAGCGAAUUUUAGUUAUUUAAGCAUUUAAUUUGUAACUGAAUGAUGCAAACACUUAGCAUUGCACUGCCCCCAAACCGUUAUCACCACCCACCCACUCCACUUGCUCCCCCCACCCUUCAACCAAUUCAUCAAUUGGCCAAAUAAUUCCGCAAUUUUGUUACCCGCCAAGCAUUUAAGAAUUCAAGUCAAUAACUACGACGUCCCUCGUCUAUAUAGAGCUUAAGAUUUUUUUGCAAUUGUUAAAUUUAUUUUAAAUCCGAAAAGUUGAACUCUGAAAAAGUUAUGGAAAAAAACUAAGCAACUUUAACAAAAAACAAAAAAAGUUCGAAACUUAUAAAAAGGCACGACAAACAAACACAAAAAAAAAAAAUAAAUAAUUAAAUCGAUAAGAACGAAACGUGUUUUGCAUAGUUAAUAGACUUAGUUUUUAACUAUAUGUGAAAAAUCAAACGUAAGCUUACUAAUCAUUAUCACCUACCUAUAUACGAUAUGUACACACAAAGCGUAGACUACAAUUGAAAACUCUAAGCGACAAUUCACUAGCUUCUUGGUUUCUGCUUUGAUCAGCUCUAAUAUUAAGCAACAUAAAAAAUAUUAAAAAAAAAUACUGAAGUGCAAAAACAAACAAAUAUCAUUAUACAUCUUAUAAAUACAACGCAUAUAAAACUUUAUAUAUAAAAAUGCAAAUAUUUUAUUUUAAUAUUAAUUAUAUGUAAAUAUAUUCUUUGGCUUUUAAAUUGUCGCCCCUAAUUGUACACACGCACAUCCGUUAACACACUAACACUCACACACACACAGCAAAGGACUUAAACGUUAAAUAUUGACAUUCAAAACAUACAGUUUUUAAUUAUAUUCAUGAUUGAUCCAAUUUGAGCUUUUUCGAAUUCGACUACGCAAAGCUGUUGAGUUUGUUUUUGU